AUGCCUCAGGAAAUCAGCGCAACUUUGAGGCCAAGUGAAGAGAUGCCGAAGCUGAAGAAGCGUGUUGGCACUUCGUUCUCGAUUGCCAGAAGACAUUUCUGCAAGAGCCGACAAGGUGAGUGUGUUUCUUCUUUACUAAUGCAAGUAUUCCAAGCCGAUAAGUUGAGUCAGUUGGAGACUGACGUCGAGCUACACAAAAGAAUUGUUAUGGCCGCAGAACGCCUUGCGAAAGACAAAACAAUGAAUAAGAGCGUGCGGAAGAAGAGGCAAAAGGAUUUUCAUGCGGCUGCAAUGAAACUGCGUGGACUGGAGUUGGGAUUGAAUCAAAUGCGCUUGAGCGCUAGCAAACCGGAUGUCAGUUCAAUGGAGAGUAAUGGAAGUGGA